UUAUUUUGCAGUUGACCUGCGGUUUUCGAAGUGUUCAGUAUUAUUUUGUUGGUGGUAAAUAGCUGUGCUUACUGUCAAAUACAUACGUGUUAUGCUUAGUUUGGUUACCUUCAUAUGUUUGCAAUAGUAUUUCCAUCAUAUAUUCUUACUUUAUUACACAAGUGUUGUGUAGUUACACUAUUUAGCAGGCUUAACGUGUUAACAAGGGAUUACACUAGGCGUUAUUGCUAUAUGGCAGCGCUGUAAAGUGAUUAUGAAAGAACUCAAACAUCACUAAACUCAUACUGAAAACCAAUGUUAAACAUAAACUUCAACAUCAUAUAAAACAAUAAUCGGCGUGAAAUAACGCGAAAUCGAAUAAAACAAGGUUGUGAAGUGUCAAGAGUAUUUAACUCUGAUUCGCUCAACAUAUUCACAAUGCAUUCAGAAAAUCACUAUACAUAGAUUAGACUCGCUGAUAAACUGUCACGAUUAGGUGAAUGACAAAACUUCAUUGUGAGUCGCGCCUAACAUUGGCAUACACUCCUCGUACUCACACCGCACACAGUUACAUAAAGCAAUGAGGUCCUUGUGCUCAAAAAAGGCUAUUUUCUUCAUCGCCGUAAUGAUAAUAAUACUUCUCCUAUAUAGCACAGCAAAAACUCUUACAAAUAGCCACCGCAUAAUAUCUGACGGUUACAAGUUAAUAAGUGAUCAAAUUAUUAAUACAAACAGUGAAGUGAUCAAAAAAGGGGAAAGUGAGAACAGUGUUAAAUACAUAUUACAGUGGACUAAUCCGAAAAACGUUCCUUUUGUAUAUAUGGGUGAAGGACGCAGUGGCUUUACCGUUAGGAAUUGUCCUUACACCAAUUGCAUAGUGACAGCAGACAGAUCUUUACUUGGUAACUAUACCAAUUUUGAUGUGAUUGCUUUCGCGGGACCUGAAGUAGUGGAUUAUAGAUCCCCUAAGUUACCCACCAUGAGAUCACCUCAUCAGAAAUAUGCAUUCGCAAGUAUCGAAUCAUCAGACAAUUAUCCAGUCUGCUCUGAUAGAUUGAAUAACUUUUUCAACUGGACAUGGACUUUUAAAUUAGAUUCUGAAAUACGAUGGGGUUAUUUGACUGUUCGAGAUAAGAAUAACGUUAUAGUUGGACCGAAUAAGGUCAUGCAUUGGAUGAAACUUCAAGAUAUGGACCCUGUUAGUGACGAUUUCAAAGAACAGCUUAAAACUAAAACUAAAGCUGCGGCUUGGUUUGUAUCGAAUUGCAAUUCAAAAAGCAGGCGAGAAGCUGUAGCUAGAGACUUAAAAAAAGAAUUACAAUCGUACAAAAUGGAUCUAGAUAUGUAUGGUUCCUGUGGUAACCUAAAGUGUUCGAGGGAUAAGGAAGAUGAGUGCAAUACUCUUAUUAAAACUACUUAUUAUUUUUAUUUGUCAUUUGAAAACUCUUUUAGUGAGGAUUACGUCACGGAGAAAUUAUUACGUGCAUUGAAUAACGACGCAGUUCCUAUAGUAUAUGGAGCCGCUAAUUACACGAGAUUCAUGCCAGACGGUAUUUACCUGAAUGCAAGAGAGCUAAGUGUAAAAGAACUGGCAGCAAAAAUGCACGAAUUAAUGAAUGAUCCGGAGAAAUAUUCAGAGUACUUUAAAUGGAAGAAUCAUUACUCGUAUCAUAGAAAAGAUGCCAGUGUUGACACUGAUCCUUAUUGUUUAUUUUGUACACACUUGAACAAUGAGGAGAUGGUGAAAAAGACUACUAUUUACGAAAACUUUCGUCAGUGGUGGAACCCACCCGGGCGAUGUUGAUUUGAACAUAAUAUUUAUACCAAAGGAAUAAUCUAUUCUUAAGUUUUUGUAUUUAAGUUUAAUAAUUAUGUUUUUGCUAUUUGAAAUCUACUUUUAUUUGACUCAUUAUAAGUACAUAAAACUACAACUAUUAUAUACGCUUUUCCUAGAUUUAAAUAUUUAGGGACAAGAAUGACAGAUUUUGGGUGAAUUGUGUUGACUUCAUAAUAAAAUACUUGACCUAUUAAGAUAAACUGUCCAGUCAAGGCCGAUUUCGCCAGUACAAUUUGGCGUUACCUUAUGUUAUUUAUCUAGUUAAUACAUUUUAUUAGCUUUA